GAAUUACUCAUCUAGCGUAGAGUCACCCGGGGAGACAAGGCAGAGCCGAAAUGAAUAGGCCUGAGGGAGAGAAACUGACAGAACACAAGCGGCCUCUCCCAUUUCGGCGAGGCCUCAACGCCGCCCUUUCGUCAACCCCGUGAGGAGGGAGGGCGGGCUGAAGGCGGAGAGGGGCGGCUCCUUUUGUCGUAGUGAGGAGAGGAGGAGGCCUCCAGCUCGGCCGCUUUCCCUCCAUGGCGGAGGCCGAGGCGGCUGUUGAAGCCGUGAGGCGCUGCCUGGCGAGCUUUCCUGAGGAGGCGAGGGAGUUGUGUUUCCCAGAGUCUGUGCCGUAUCUUGAUAGCCCUCCAUCCCCAUUGCAAUUCUUUCGGGAAUGGGUCUGUCCAAACAAGCCGUGCGUAAUCCGGAAUGCAUUCAACCACUGGCCAGCUCUGAAAAGAUGGACAUUAGAUUACUUGAGGGAAAUAAUGGGUGAAAAAUUGGUGAGUGUAGCAGUAACUCCAAAUGGUUAUGCUGAUGCAGUUUAUCAGGACUGGUUUGUUAUGCCGGAGGAACGACUCACGCCAUUCAGUGCUUUCUUGGACAUUUUGGAGAAAAAAGUAACUUCCCCAGGAGUGUUCUAUGUGCAGAAACAGUGUUCAAACCUUACAGAGGAAUUCCCUGAACUUAUGGAUGAUCUAGAGCCUGAAAUACCUUGGAUGAGUGAAGCACUUGGAAAAAAGCCUGAUGCUGUGAAUUUCUGGCUAGGAGAAUCUGCUGCAGUGACAUCUUUACAUAAAGACCAUUAUGAAAACUUGUAUUGUGUGAUUUCUGGAGAGAAGCAUUUUCUGCUGCAUCCUCCAAGUGAUCGUCCCUUCAUCCCACAUGAACUGUAUCCACCAGCAACAUACCACAUAUCAGAAGAUGGGAAUUUUGAGAUUGUCAUGGAUAAAAUGUCAGAGAAGGUGCCCUGGAUUCCUUUGGAUCCUUUAAAUCCAGACUUGGAACGUUAUCCAGAAUAUGCCCAGGCAAAGCCUUUGAGGUGCACUGUGAAAUCUGGUGAGAUGCUGUAUCUCCCUUCUCUCUGGUUCCAUCAUGUUCAGCAAUCACAUGGUUGCAUAGCAGUGAAUUAUUGGUAUGAUAUGGAAUAUGACUUAAAAUAUUCCUAUUAUCAGCUGUUGGACUCACUCACAAAAGCUAUGACACCAACGUUUGCAAAAGGGGUGAUCAAGCGCCGCGCUUCCUGGGACCUUUUUUUUGCGCGCUCCACGAUGCCGCGGAUCUCGGUGUGGCCGCCCUCGGCCUGCCUCUACGACGAGCCCCUCCAGGUGACCGUGCAGGGCCUGUCUCCGGGGCAGGAGGUGACGGUCCGCGCCGCCUUGGAGGACGAGAGCGGGGUGGUCUUCCAGGCGCGGGGCGUCUUCCGAGCGGGGCGCAGCGGGGAGCUGGACCUGAGCCGGGCGCCCUCGCUGGGAGGCAGCUACGCGGGGCAGGAGGCCAGCGGGCUGCUGUGGAGCAUGGAGCCCGACGCCCCCUUCUGGCGCCUGGCCAAGCGGGACGUGAGCAGCCCCUUCUGGCUGGCCUUCGAGGUCUACGAGGGGCGCGGCGCGGGGAGCCCACUCUGCAGCUGCCGCAGCGCCCGGAGCUUCCUGGGCCAAGGCGUGCGCAGGGCACCCGUUCGGGAGGGAAGGCUCCGCGCCACUCUCUUCUUGCCCCCCGGCCCUGGACCAUUCCCAGGAAUACUUGACUUGUAUGGCUCUGGAGGGGGCCUUGUGGAGUACCGGGCAAGCCUUUUGGCUAGCAGAGGUUUUGUCACAUUGGCUCUGGCUUACUUAGCUUUCGAAGAUUUGCCAGUUUUCCCAGAAGUCCUUGAUUUAGACUAUUUUGGAGAGGCUGUUGAGUUUUUAAAGAAACAAGAGCAGGUUCAAUCGACGAGGAUUGGAGUCAUUGGGAUCUCUAAAGGGGCAGAUCUUGCGCUUGCUGUGGCUACGUUUUGGCCAGGCAUCCAAGCAGCUGUCAGUAUUUCUGGCUCAGGUCUUAAUGCUUUUAUCCCCCUACAAGUUAAAGACCUCACCAUUCCUGCCCACCCUUUCGAUCUGAAUAGGGUGAAAGUUAACAGUGAUUCUGGAUUUGUGGAUUAUUCAGAAGUUUUGGAUGAUCCUAGAGACCCAGCAACUUGGCCAAGCCGGAUCCCUGUGGAGAAGUCCUCCAGUAAGUUCCUCUUCCUCUCAGGACAGGACGACAAAAACUGGCAAAGUGAACUCUAUUGCCGGGAAACUGUUCGGCGCCUCCAGGAGAGCGGGCGUCAUGUGGAGUUCUACUGCUAUCCGGGGGCAGGACACCUCUUGGAGCCGCCCUAUUUGCCCUUGUGCUUUGCCUCACGUCACAAACCUUUGGGGGUUAUUAUGCUCUGGGGAGGAAUGCAGAAGGAACAUGCAAAAGCUCAGGAGGACGCUUGGCAAAGGAUACUGACUUUUUUCAGGCAGCACUUGCUGGAUCUGCCUGUAAAAAAGCGGAACACUUAUUUUAAUGCACUGAAACGGUUCCUUCCUCCUUUACCGUCUAUUUUUCAUGCAAUGGCCACUCAAAUGCCUAUGGUUGGAACAUUUCCAUGCUACACACUCUUUGUGAAGAUCAUCCAGGCUCGACACAUCCCCGCAAGAGACUUAUGGUCUUUUUCAGAUUGUUAUGUGACCCUUUGGCUAACAUCAACUUCAAAAAAGAAAGCAGUGACUAAAACCAUCUCAAAUACCAGCAAUCCUGUCUGGAACGAAAGCUUCCAAUUUGUUAUCCAAACUCAGGUCAAGAAUGUGCUGGAAUUGAAGCUUUAUGAUGAAGAUGUGGUCACCAAAGAUGACCUUAUUUUCAUUGUUACCUAUGAUAUUUCUAAAGUGAAGCCGGGGGAAACAAUCCAGGAAAACUUCACUUUGAAUGCUAAGGGACCAGAGAGUCUAGAAGUAGAAUUCAAGAUGGAAAAGAUAUGUUGUGGUUUUGAGCAAAUAAUCACGAAUGACAUCCUAGUGGCUCGCGAAGUUUCCUGUCUGGAGAUUCAAAUGGACAAAGGGAAGAAUGAGACAUGUUUGAAAGAACAUAACAAUAUUGAACUUGUGGUGAAUGAAUCAUUUGAAGAAGCAGAGAAAAUCAACCAGGAUUCAGAAGCCUUCCAAUUCCACUAUGUAAAGAAUGGGGAACCAAUACUGAAAGCCAAAUUGAAGAGUAAUUUCUUUAAGGAAAAACUGUUUGGAGAUACUCCUGCUCACUCACAUGUGUUGCUGAAAACUUUGCCUUUGGAAGAGGAAACAGAAGUAGCUUUAUCAAUCACAGAGAAUGCAGAAUUGAAAUUGCAGCUCAAGGUUAAUGACUGUUUAGGAGAUUUGGAUGUGCGUUUGGAAUGCGAUCUCUGUGCGGCUGAGCAAGACUUCCUGUGUAAGAGGAAGAAGCAUGUUGCCAGGGCACUAGAAAACCUCCUGGAACAGAAACUGCAAAAUCAUGAGGUCCCAGUAAUAGCCGUGAUGGCAACAGGAGGAGGAGCCAGGGCCAUGUCAGCAUUUUAUGGCCAUCUGUCUGCUCUGCAGAAGCUAAACCUCUUAGACUGCAUUACGUAUCUCUGCGGAGCCUCUGGGUCGACAUGGACAAUGAGAAGUUUAUAUGAAGACAAUGACUGGUCCCAAAAAGAUCUGAUUGGCCCAAUCCACAAAGCACAAGGACACAUUGUUAGGAACAAGUCAAAUGUUUUCUCCUUGGAAGCUCUACAGUUCUAUGAUCAGGAGCUGAGACGGAGGCGCCAAGAAGGAUACUCGGUUUCUUUUACUGAUAUGUGGUCACUCAUAAUUGAUCGUAUGUUCCAUGAUGAGAGUAAUAGCAAACUCUCUGAUCAGCAACAGGCUGUGAAUAAGGGGCAAAACCCACUGCCACUUUAUGUGGCCCUUAAUGUCAAGGAAGAUGCCCAAACCACUUCUGAAUUUAAAGAAUGGUGUGAGUUUUCCCCCUAUGAGGUGGGAUUUUCGAAAUAUGGGGCUUUCAUUCGCUCAGAGGAUUUUGGAAGUGAGUUCUACAUGGGGCGACUGAUGAAGAAGAAACCAGAAUCUAGGAUUUGCUUUUUGGAAGGAAUUUGGAGCAAUAUAUUUUCCCUAAACUUGGUAGAUGUAUGGAAUUUAUACCAAUUAUGGCAGUGGCCUUUCUCAGGCCAAGAAGAGGAUAACAGCAAAGGCAGCACUUCCACAACUCAGGUCUCUGAAUAUCAUGCAACUUGUGACACACCCAGCAUCUUUCAUGGAGUUCUGACCCGUCGGCCAAUAGGUGAAGGGAAACCUAAUUUUUUGAGAGGUCUCCAACUGCACAAAGACUAUUACCAAAACAAAUCAUUUUCUAUGUGGCAAGAUAGUUAUCUGGACCAGCUCCCCAACCAUCUUACACCAUUGGAAAAAGAGCUAUGUCUCGUUGAUGCUGGAUAUUUCAUUAAUACCAGUUUCCCACCAUUGUUAAGAAAGGAAAGGAAUGUGGAUGUUAUCAUAUCACUUGACUACCACUUAAUGGAGACCAAGUUUAAGUCUAUAGAAAAUAUGAGCAAAUACUGCAUCGACCAGAAGAUCCCUUUUCCAAAGAUUGUGCUGACAGAAGAAGAAAGGAGCAACCCAAAGGAAUGUUACCUUUUUGAGGAUAAGGAGAACCCAGAAGCGCCAAUCAUACUCCACUUUCCAUUGGUAAAUGGUUCUUUCAAGGAGUACAGAAAACCUGGAAUUAAGCGUAAGUCUGCAGAAAAGUUCGAAGGGGAGGUGGAUUUGGACAGCUCAAUGUCACCAUAUAAAAUGACAGAUUUGACAUACACUGAGGAUGAAUUCAACAAACUGCUAAGCUUAUGUGACUAUAACAUCCAGAACAACAGAGAACUCAUUCUACAAGCUUUGUGGAGUGCAAUAGAAAGGAGAAACAUAAGCAAACUAUGAAUCAACCUAGGCAGGACUUCAGGAAUGAUUUUCUGUGCUUUUGAAAGACCUAAAAUAGAAAAUAGCUUGGGCACUCAGUGUGGAAUCAUGUUAUUCCUUUGUUAGUGUUUUUGGUAAACUUUCAAACCACAUUCUUCAUAUUUGAAAGUGGUACCAGUUUCUCCUAUCAGCUCUAGUUUUUGAGAUACAGAUGACAUAAACCAGUCUGAAUCUGUUCGCCCAUAAAGAAUCAUGAUAACCAUAUCUAAGGAACUAGAGCUGAUGAGGUCUAUCUAGUGCAAGAUUUUUUUUGAGCUGUGUUAUACUAAAAGUUAAGUGUUGAAAGAUAACUAAAAACCAACAAAACAGAAAGACAAUAAUUAAUGUUUAGUUCUUAUUUCUUAUUGAAUAAUGCUACUGGAUAAUUGCCUGGCUGAUUACAUUUUUCCUUCUUACUGUAUCCUAAAACCCAUCCCUAGACAUUUUUUAUUUAAAAGAGCAAACUUUAGUGAUUAUCUCUUUAAAACCAAAUCAACUUAUUAUUUAAUUUUUAUUUUAAAUAGAAGCAAUAUAAAUUACAGCGAGAGCCUGCUAUCAUUGAUGCUGUACACUACGACUUCUUAAACUAUUUAGUUUGGGGGUUGGGCAGGGAUUUAUUCCCAGGGAUUGGCCCACUGAUGACAAUGUUUUUUUUUUCUUUUGUGGAAUUUCUCCACUGACAGUCAACAACUUUUGGAUCAGAACUGGAAUGCAGACCAUAAUUCUGAGUAGCACUAUUGUACACAAUGGUUGCUUGUGUAACUCUAAAAAAAGAAAAUUGAUGACUGAGCAAAUGGUAGCUAGCUCCAGAACCUAUGGCUGAAUUUUUCUAUUAUGAAGUUACACGAGUCAAGGCAUUUCAAAAAGAAUUUGCAGGAUUUAUUUAUGAGCAUCAUAUUCUCCAUAAAGAAGUCACCAACAAGCUUUACUUGAUUAGCUAACACGGACUCUUAAUUAUAAUCUCAGUGGUAAAAGCCUAUAGAGAUGCCAGGCAGCUUGAUUUUCAGAUUAGACUAGUUCACAGCUUGACAGUUUACCUCUCCAGGUAAGUGGGUUGUUAUGGCUAGUAGGAUAUGUAGAACUAGUUGGAAGUCAUAAUUUUCUGCCAUUAUUGUGAGAAUGAUUUUGCACACCAACUGCAUAUAUUUUUGUGGCCAUUCAAAAAUGUGUGGUCAUUGGAAUCAUUCCCUUACCAUGCUCAGCACCUUAGAAAUUCAGUAUGAAGUCCUACUGCCAACUCAAGUUUGAAAGAGUGAGAGAUUAUGCCCAUGUUCAUACUGCAUAAUUAUUAUACAGUUUCAUUCAACAAGACAGGAAUAAAUUUUAGCACAUCCCUACAGCUUCCAGUUGGGGAUGAGGGUUUGUGAUUGUUUCUGAA